AUGAUUAAAAAAGAACUGUCGAUUACAUCAGCAGGAUCUCCUACAAAUGCAAAUGGAAUGCGUGUUAAAUUAAAUUUACUAAAUUACAUUGGAUCCACUUGUCUUGAACAAACAAAUUCUGGUGCAUUUGCUGAUGUUCUUAUUAUUAAAGAUGUUCAUAAAGAUCUAUUAAAUUUAAUUACAAAUGGCGGUUCAAUGGAAUUGUAA